UCCCUCGAAAGAAAAAGUUCACCAUACAUAGUGGAAAGCGAUCAACCCCUCAUUUGUUAGCUAAGCUAUAAACAAAAGAGUCCACUUGUAUCACUCUUCAUACGAACAAGAAGAGAAAAAUGGAAAGCAUCGGAGUGUUAAUGGCGUGUCCUAUGUCAUCCUACCUAGAACAAGAGCUAGACAAGCGAUUCAAGCUCUUCCGCUUCUGGAACUUUCCCCAGAAGAACGAAUUCCUCAAUCAGAACGCCGAUUCCAUCCGCGCUGUCGUCGGCAACGCCUUCGCCGGCGCUGACGCUGAGCUCAUCGAUUCUCUCCCUAAGCUUGAGAUUGUUUCCAGUUUCAGUGUUGGUUUAGAUAAGAUCGAUUUGAACAAGUGUAAAGAGAAGGGGAUUAGGGUUACUAAUACUCCCGAUGUUUUGACCGAGGACGUGGCUGACUUGGCUAUCGGGUUGAUGUUGGCUGUUCUUAGGAGGAUUUGUGAAUGCGAUCGCUAUGUUAGGAAAGGGUUGUGGAAGUCUGGUGAUUUCAAGUUGACUUCUAAGUUUAGUGGAAAAUCAGUGGGUAUUAUAGGACUGGGAAGGAUUGGCUUAGCAAUUGCUAAGAGAGCAGAAGCUUUUGGCUGCCCGAUCAGUUACCACGCAAGAUCACAGAAGCCAAAUACAAAUUACAAGUAUUAUCCAAGUGUAGUUGAACUGGCUUCCAAUUGCCAGAUUCUGGUUGUGGCAUGUGCAUUGACUCCUGAAACUCGUCAUAUUGUCAACCGUGAAGUCAUUGAAGCUUUGGGAUCAAAGGGGGUUCUGAUUAACAUUGGUAGGGGUCCUCAUGUUGAUGAAAAAGAGCUUGUAUCUGCUCUUGUUGAAGGCCGAUUAGGGGGUGCUGGUCUUGAUGUGUUUGAGAAUGAGCCUGAAGUACCUGAGCAGCUCUUUGGCCUUGAGAAUGUGGUCCUAUUGCCUCAUGUAGGCAGUGGCACAGUGGAAACACGCAAGGCCAUGGCCGACCUUGUCCUUGGGAACUUAGAAGCUCACUUUUUGAACAAACCGCUGUUAACUCCGGUGGUUUAAGUAUAUGAACCGCUGCUAUUAGUUAUUGUUUGGAGGUUACCUUUUGCUGCAGCAACUAGGUUCACUUCAUGUAGGAGCACAUUGUCUCCUGAACUUUUGGAGCAAAUGUUUCGUGAUUGUUUGGGUGCUUCAACUUGCUGUCAAUCUUUUUAUUGGACUAUUUCAAUACUAUCGUCUCUUGAACAUAAACAUAAGCCUAAUAACAAUACAAGAUUGAUGGUUUAA